AUGUCUUCACCCACUAUCACUCGCUCAACCGAAAAAACAUUCACUUCCUAUAGUCAGAAACAAGGCAAUGCUUAUGCCCAAGCCCGCCCUGAUUACCACCCUAUUGUUUAUGGUACCAUUCUUGAUCAUCAUAGAGCCAGUGGUGGCUUACUUGAUACUAUUCUUGAUAUUGGCUGUGGUCCAGGGAAUGUCGCCCGGGGAUUUAGCCCACACUUCAAUCACGCCAUCGGCCUAGAUCCGUCAGAUGGCAUGAUGGCCACUGCUCGCUCAUUAGGUGGCAGCACCUCCAUCUCCGAAGAUAUUCGAUAUGAAGUCUCCACGGCUGAAGAUCUCGGGAGGAACCUCCAACAGCCUAUCCAGGAUGCCAGCGUGGACCUCGUCACUGCUGCAAACGCUGCCCACUGGUUUGACAUGUCUAGUUUUUGGAAGAGUGCUGCUCGUGUACUAAAGCCUGGGGGCAGUGUUGCGCUGUGGACAAGUGGCAGGAAUCGUAUCCAUCCAUCAGUCCCAGGCGCUGAGGCUCUACAGAGCACUUUGGAUGAACUUGAGGAGAAACAUUUGAAGCCAUUUUUUGAACCAGGAAAUUUACUCACUCGGUCUCGGUAUAUUGACCUUCCACUUCCGUGGACAUUGGAAAAGCCAGUCCCCGAAUUUGACGAGAGUACGUUCUUUCGCAAGGAUUGGGAGGCCGCUGAGAGUUUUUAUUCCUUUCAGCCAGAAUUGAAUAUGGAUACGUUUGAGAAAAUAACGGAGACUGCGAGUCCAGUUACUCGCUGGCGCCAGGCUCACCACGAUGCCGUUGGUACGGAAGAGGAUAUCGUGAGGAUGUUUCGGAGGGCCAUUGAGCACCAUUUGAAUGAACAAGGGGUGGAAAGGGGCAAGGAGACCAUAAAGGGGGCCAUUCAUGGGGUGUUACUGAUUGUCAAAAAGAAGGCGUAA